AUGCACCUCUCGCACCCACAGCCAUGCCCCCACGCAAUCUCAAUACUCGCCGCCAUCAACAACGACUACCCCCAAUCCAAACCCCAAGCCUCCGAAAGGCUCAAACGCUCCACCAGUCUCAGUAGCGUCAGCAGCGCCAGCACCAUCAACAACGACUCCAUCAACGCGGACACCAAAUCCGCGGACGAGAAGACACGCAUACGCAGAUGCAAAAUCGCUCUUAGCUCUAUAACAUCUUCUUACCUGAAACGCUGCCAUGUUGUGAAUAGCACGCUUGACACACUGCCGAGUGUGAAAUGGAGUCUCAUCAAGGACUCCAUUCUCAUGAACGUAUUGACGCUCAAGAGAGCGAAAGUGGAGUCUGCGACGGUGUCGAAUGUCGUAUACAUCCGACGCGUGACAAUCACAAAAUCUACAAUCUCGGAUGUGUUGAGAGUCAAGAAGGCAACGGUCAACGACAGUUUGCUUCGACGAGUUUUACUGGUGGAGCGAUCUACGAUCAAGAAAUGUGUUGUGAAUGAUUGUAUUAUCUACAAGACAGACUUUGAAGGGAUGAGACUUGAGAAUGGGAUUUGGAGGGAUGGGUGUUUGGUGGGCAGGGUUGAUCAGAGUAGGGAGGUUGUUUUUAGGGCUUUGGAGGAGGGUGAAUAUCGAUCCGGGGUUGAGCGUGCCGGAAAACAUGAUGAGAAGAGAGGGAUAGGGAAUGGUAAUGAUUCGUCGGUGAAGGGGGAUAAGGGCGAUGAUGAGGAGGCACUUCCGGUUUACAAAUCAUGA